AUGGCGAGCCGCAACCCCUUUGAAAGCAACGACCAUGACGACCCCGACGCUCACGCCCCCGAGGCCGUCGCCACGCUGUCGCCAAUAACACCGCAGUCAAAUCUCGAGAAUGAACUGCAGGCCAAGUACCAGUCCGCGCGCAGCUCGGAGCGACAGCCACCGCCCCCGAGGCCCGCCGACUCCGAGAAGGAGGUCGUCAACCUCGAGCACGACAGCGCUCUCAAACACGUCGUUCCACUAGAGCUAACAUCAGAGUAUCCCGAGACGGCAGCCGUCGCGAGCCCCCAGACGCCCCGGGCCACGCAUGCCGACACCCUAAAAGCCAGGUCCAUGUCGGACGCUGCGCCCGAGGCCCUACCCCCCGGAGGCCAGGGGGGCCCGCGGAUCCUGGGAAUGAGCAAAAAUGCGUUCCUGAUCCUCGUCGCCGUCACCAUCAUCGUCGUCGCGGCCGCCGUUGGGGGUGGCGUAGGCGGCGCCGUUGCGUCUUCAAAGAAGCCGAACGCCACUCCCGCGAGCGCAUCGUCAAGCACGCCCGCGUCCUCCUCCGCGGCCACGGCGCCCUCGCAGACGGUCCAGUUCCUCAGCAACCAGACCUGGCCGCAGGGGUAUGCCUUUGCCUUCCAGGGCUUCUCGCGGCCCGGCUUCACGGGCGCGGCGACGCGGAUCCUCACCGGCGACGGGGGCGCCAGCGCCGCCGCCGACUUUGACUUUGGCGUCCGCAGCUACGUCUGGGUGCCGAACAUUGGCAACUGCUGCGUCAACUUUUGCGCCAACGCCACCGGGCUGGGCUACGUUGGGUACAGGUGCACCCCUGUGAGGAGGAAUGAGUCGUCGGAGGCGGUGGCGCGGGCGUUUGUCUGGUGUGAUGACACGCAUAGCGAUGCGGUUGCCGAGGCGAAGGGGUGCUCAUAG